UCCGCCCACUUCUAAUAGUCCGUAAAUAACUCCCAUCUAUGUUAACAUCGCUCCGUCUCUUUAUUUGUAGAUGAAAAUGAUUUUUCCAGCACCAUGAAGAGCUGAUCAUAUGUAGUUUAGAGGUCUGUAACUCGGGGUUGGAGAAAAGCUGGAAUGGCCUCUAAACUGUUCGACAGACUUCGCCGUACGCUGUUCAAAGAAGGGGAGCUUCCUUCAGAGACGGACGGUCACGGAGCAGAUGAAUUUCCAGAAAGCUCUGAGCUCGAGGAUGAUACAGACUGCGUGUCGGCCAGACUCGGAGGAACCCUGUGCUUUGAGGGUGAUGGGGUCCUGGACUCCGAGGAUGCAGGAGACGUGUCGGGGCCGGACAGCGACUCUGACUUCUUUGGAGAAUCAAUAGAUAAUGCAUGUAGCAGCACAGAUACCAGCCCGAUAGGUCCUUCCCCAAAAGCCUCGAACAUGAUCACCAGACAGCUACAAGAAAACUGGCGGAGCUCAAGAACUCGUAGCAUUCCUGAAAAACUCAUUUUUGAGGUGACUGAUGCCAGUGUUGUCCAUGAGACAAAUUCCAAGUAUGUGCUCUACACGAUUCACGUCAUCCAUUCUGGGGCGUUUGACAAAACUCCCGCCAUCAUCACACGCCGCUACACUGACUUUGAACGGCUACACAGCCGCUUGCGUCGCCGUCACGGAGAUGAGAUGGAUGGCGUGUACUUCCCUCGCAAAAAGCUGCGCAAGAACUUCGUUGCUGAGACCAUUGCCAAGCGCAGCCGGGCGUUCGAGCAGUACCUGACCCACCUUCACUCCCUUCCCGAACUGCGUAUCACACCUACAUUUCUCGAGUUCUUCUACCUGGGUGAUCUGCGUGCGGGACAGAUGUUGAUGCGAGUGGGUCGUUAUCAAGACGCCCUGGGCUCUCUUCUCAAUGCUCUACGACUACAGGAGAAGUUAGGAUGCCAUCAGCUCCUGCAGCUCAACCAGCUCCAGAGGGUUCAUUGGUUCUUCACGCUCUCCGCCUUGGUCACCUGCUUUCAAGAACUAGAACAGCUCAGUGAAGCUCAGGAACACUGUGACCGAGCCCUUCAGGAUCUAGCGCCUUCCCAGGAGGCUUUGCAGCAGCAUCAGUUGCACCCUCUGCUCAUCCCGCUCCUCCAAUCCAAUGUCAGGCUGUCCUGGAAAAUCUCGAAGGACAAGAGGCGCUGGGAAGCUCUUUUGCAGGAGAUCCAGGAGCAUGGGAUUGAUAUAGGGAAUCAGCCCAACCUAAAAGAGUGUCUGAUUAAAGAGAGCAUCGAGGACAGCGAGGGGCUGGGCAGGGCUAAGAGCAAAAGUGAAGAUGUCCCGUAAGCAUUCAGGAUUUUUAUUUUUUUAAAUAUGAGUAUUAGCAGUUAUGAGGGAUGAUUUUGAUAGCAAUAUGUAUGAUAGUUUACUAAGAAAACCUGUGGAAUUAAUACUAACUCGUAUAAUGCACAACAUGCCUAUCACUUUCAAACUCACAUACAUUUCAUGGGCACAUUUCAAUAGCAUUUAUUAUAGCCUUAUUCUUUAUUUGGUAACAUUUUACUAUAUGAUUCAAUUUGUUAAUAUUUAUUAAAGGAAUAGCUCACCCAAAAAUAAAAGACUGCUGAAUAUUUACUCACCCUCAGGCUAUACAAGAUGUAGAUGAGUUUGUUUUUUCAUCAGUUCAGAUUUGGAGAAAUUUAGCAUUACAUCACUUGCUCACCAAUGGAUACUCUGCAGUGAAUGGGUGCCGUCAGAAUGAGAGUCCAAACAUCUGAUAAAAACAUCACAAUAACACAAAAGUAAUCCACACCACUCCAGUCCAUCAGUUACUGGCCUAGGUGUUUUUACUUUAAACUGUUGAUUUUAGUCAAAAUAUGAGUCCAUAAUCCAUAAUAUCACCUGAAAACAGUGAAAAAGUCCAUCCCUUGUUGUCUUUUCAUAUCAGAGUCCACCCACAUAUUUCUUUAGAACUAUUUUAGACUGCUUUUUCUUGUAAACGGUGCUUGAUUUGUGCAUAUUUCUCUCCUGAUUCAAACAAGAUGACUUUUUUGCUCUUAUGGUAGCCAGAAGCUAUGGUUUGAAGUUAAAACCUUAUGGACUGGUCAAAUACAAAGACACAGCUUUUCGCUUUAAAAGAUGUUAAUUGAUGGACUUUAGUUGUGUGGAUUACUUGUGGAUUAUUGUGAUGCUGACGGCACCCAUCCACUCACCAUAGGAUCCAUUGGUGAGCAAUUUCACUUUUAAAAAAAUUGUGGUUUCAACUUAGAAUAAUUUGUUACCCCACUGCUUUAAAAUUUGAAUUUUAGUCAACUUGAAAUGUUAAGUUGUACUAAGUGACAACUUAAAAUUUUAGGGCAACAGGGUAACAAAUUAUUUUAAGUUGACUCAGCAUUUUUUUUUUUUUUUUUACAGUGUGAUGUAAUGCUAAAUUUUGGACAUUCUAACGGCACCCAUUCACUGUUAAAUAUUGUUACGUUUCUCCAAAUCUGUUCUGAUGAAGAAAUAAACUCAUCUACAUCUUGAAUAGACAGAGGGUAAGUACAUUUUUCAGCAAAUUUUCAUUUUUGGGUGAACUAUACACUGUAAAAACCAAAAAAACAAAUUUGUUGCGUCAACUUAAAAUAAUUUGUUACCCUGCUGCCAUAAAAAUUUAAGUUUAGUCAACUUAAAAUGUUAAGUUGUACUAAGUGACUAAACUUAAAAGCUGUGGUUGUUACCCGGCUGCCUUAAAAUUGUAAAUUGAAUCACCUCAAAUAUCUAAGUUGUUACUUAGUAAAACUUAACAUUUCAAGUUGACUAAACUUUUUUUGAGUUGACUGAACUUAAAUUUUUAAGGCAGCCAGGUAACAAAUUAUUUUACAGCAUUUAUGAAUGUAGAUGAAGUUCAAAUUCUAAACGCGCUAAACCAUUAGAACUUUUGAACCACUUAAUGCCUUAUUUUCAGCUUUCAUGAGUUGUUUUGUGUCAUAUUUAGUAGCCUUGAUCUACAGAAACUGUCAACCUUCAUUUCAGCACUUCUAGCACACAUUAUUUAGAAAGGACAUUGGAAAGAAAUAAGCGAGGCUGUCUACUCUAAACUCUGCUGCUUACAUUCAGCUGCCUUGGACUGAUUUGCCUUUUUGGUGUAGAAUGCAGUAUGCAUUAUUAGUGAAGGGAAUACUAAAGGGAAUUUCCUCUUUCGGUGUAAAUUAUUAAUGAAUUUCUCCGAUACUGCUACAACAGCCUUUUGGUGCUGUAAACUAGUUUUAACCUUUAUGCUCAAAAAGCUCAGAGUGCUUUUAAAACUUCAGGUCACAACUGUUUACUUAGGCAGUGUAAAUAACACUAAACUUUAUUUUUUCCAAAUACUUUGAUGCCUUUAUAUAUAUCAAACAGAGCGAUUUUAUUAAAUGAAUACUCUCAAAAUUAAAGGUUUUAAUAUCUGAGCUCAUUCUUUUUUUGUCUAAUCUUACAAAUUGUUUUACAAAUUGUUGUCCUUUGCAUACAAAUUCAAAAUGUUUUGUAUACUGGUUAAACAGAUUAAUGUUUUUCCUUUUGUUACCUACUAAAAUUUAACUUGAAUAUAUUUAUUUAUGUAUUUAUUUAUUGUUGUUGGGUAUAGUUUAAGCAAUAAAGUAAUAUACUCUUCACAAAGCUGUUUUAUAGGUUUUCACACAUUUGGUAGUUUUAAAGGUGCAUUUUAGGCCUUCACAUUAAAUAAAAGCUUUCUGGUUUUUAUUCAGAUUUUGUGUUUCAAAUGAUUUUUAUGCACUGAAAUUGUUCAAGGAAGAUUCCAGUCCAAUUUACAGUAGGUCAAUAAAGUAUUUACAUAACUCUCA